ACCCGAAACUGAUUGUACAUCCCCCUGCCUUAUGGCAUUACUUUAGCUAUGGAAGGCGCGUACACAUUUACGUGCCAGAGCUGCCGGGCACGGCUCACGCUGGUGGGGCCUGUGGAAGCAGCCCCAGGGACAGACUCUACAUGGCCUAUUACGCGUGGACUGCCAGGGCAACUCCAAGCGAGCGUGUUUGACAACGCGAGCGUGGAUGAAUCUUUCAUAGUGCUCGACGGCAAGCGGCAAGGUGCUUCUGUUGGGUCACACCCGGGCAGUGGCCAGGCGGGGGGCCCGCCAGCACUGCGUGCGGGUCCCAGUCGGACCGCAUUGGAAGCGGGGCCGGCGCUGGGCACCACUACCACCAGUACCACCCGGCAGUCGCCCCCGCAGCCGGUGCCGCUGCCGCAGCAGCAGCAGCAGCAGCAGCAGCUUAUGCAGGCGCGAGGCUUGGAGGAGUCCUUUGUGAUGCUGGGCGCGGCAUCCGUGCUGCGGCCGGGGCCGGCCGGCCACCCGCACCUCAGCCCGCUGCACAUGCAGCUGCUGCAGCAACAGCAGCAGAUGCUAGCACUCCAGCAGCAGCAACAACAUCAACAGCAGCAGCAACAACAUCAACAACGACAGCCCCCGUCACAGCAGCAGCAGCAGCUGCACCAACCUCAAGGCCCCGGGCAGCAGCCCGGGACACCGGGGACGGCCGCGCCGGCGGCGGCGCAGGCCGGCCUGCCGCACGGGUCACCCCAGCAGCAACAGCAGCAACAGCAGCAACAGCAGCAACAGCCCUCGCCACACGCCUCCCCGACACAGUCUCUGCCGCACUCAGGCAGCGGGCGACUCGCCGCGGCCACCGCAGGCGGGCCUGUGUCGGCGGGGCCCACUGGCGGAGGGCCGGGCGGCGCGGCGGCGGGCGGUGGAGGCGGAGGUGGAGGCGCGCCUCCGCCUGAUGACGGCGGGGGCGGCGGCGGGGGCUCGGCGGGUAGUGGCCUGGACUCCAAGCUGCAGGCCCUGGCGCAGCUGUUUGAACUGGCCUCCACCAACACCCAGGUGGACCACCCGCUGUGCAUGGACUGUGUGGGGCAGCUCAAGGAGGAGAUGGAGGCGCAGAUUGCGGAGGCGGAGCGCGAGAUCGCGGCCUACAGCGCCUGCCUGCAGCGACUGGAGGCGGGAGGCGGAGGCAGCGGGGGCGGGGGCGGGGUCAGCAGGGCGGCAGGUGGAGCCGGAGGCGGAGCGGAAGGCGGCGAGGGCGUGGUUGAGGGGCCCGAGGCGGCCACAGGCGUGGCGGGAGUUAGCAGCUCGGCGGAGGCCACGGCGGGCGGGGUCGGGGGCGCCGGCACGGUGCGUGGGUCUGGGCCAGGUGCUGGUGCUGACGAGGAGUACUACGUGUUGGAGGAGAUCAGCCGCCUGGAGCAGGAGCGAGACCAGGAGCGUGCCCGUGCCGAGGUCCUGGGGUCGGAGCUGGCGGCGGUGGCAGCGGAGCUGAGCUCCCUGGCCGCCGCCUCAGCAGACCUAGACAGCCUGGAGGAGCGCUACUGGCACGACGUGGCCGACUUCGAGCUGCUGCUGCGCGCGCACACGGACGAGCGGGGGGCGCUGCUGGCCAAGAUAGACAGGGCGGGCCAGCGGCUGCAGCUGCUCAAGAACACCAGCGUGCUGUACGACGCGUUCAAGAUCUGGCACGACGGCCCCUUCGGCACCAUCAGCGGCUUCCGCCUGGGCCGCACGCCCGAGGUGCCGGUGGAGUGGGACGAGGUGAACGCGGCGUGGGGCCAGGCGGUGCUGCUGCUGCACACCAUGGCGCAGAUGGUGAAGCUGCAGUUCAGCCAGUACCGGCUGAUGCCCAUGGGCUCACACCCCCGGGUGGCGGACAAGCGCGCCACAUACGACCUGUUCGGACCCGUGUCCAAGCUGUGGUCCGCCAACUACGACCGCGCUAUGACCGCCUACCUGGCCUGCCUGAGGGAGUUUGGCGAGUUCGCGCGGCGCAAGGACUUGCAGGACGGCAAGGUCAUGCCGUUCAACUUCCCCUUCGCCAUCGACGGCGACAAGGUGAACAACGCCACCAUCAAGCUGACACUAAACAAGGACGCGCGCUGGACCAAGGCGCUCAAGUUCAUGCUGGCAAACCUCAAGAUCGCGCUGCAGUGGACGGUCAAGCAGGACCAAGCAGGGGACGCGCCGCCGCUGCCGCACCUGGCGCAGGAGGGGCCGCAGCUGCUGCCGGAGCUCUGAGGGUGGGGGCCUCUGGCUAGGUAGCCAGAUGGAGGCGGCGGGGUGGUGGUGGUGGUGGGGGUGCAAAGAUGGUUGGGAAGCCGGUACAUGCGUAGCGGCAUGACAAGUAGUGCGGCUGUUGACAAAUGUGCUACGCCUGGCUGCGGUUUGCUCUGCUGUGGCAUUGCGAUUGCUAGGCACCUGGUUUGGCUAUAUGCCUGUGGAAACCGACCCCGGCUAUCUCCGGCUGAUGAGGUUGUUCGGCCUCAGACUGUGGAGGGGCUCAGCCCCUUUUCCCGUGACCGGGGAACACUUGUCCAACCCCUUGCCAGUGAGUUAUGUCCGGGGGAGGCUAGGUACUGCUGCAACUGUGCACAGUGAUAUUGUUCCUUUGCGGAAACCGUCCAGGCUACGGUGCCCCCGUCACGGAGGUACCGGUAAUGCGCAUCAGCAAACUGCAAGCAAGUCGGCAAUGUCUGUGUACAGGAACUCCGGCGUUACCGUAUAUCAUGCCUUGACGUUGCACAUGAAAUGUUGGGGUCUGAGGACACACGUCGGGACUACGCCAACGUGCCCAUUACCGGAUUACCCUGUCCCAUCGCACCGACGCACCCGUAACAGAAGUACCGGCGUUGUGAGACGACAGUUGCCCAGUUUUGCAAGCCUUGCUGGCUUGCUGCGCCCAACUGCUUCGGGAGUCGAUGGC